CCUCCUGCCUGCAGGGGAGGAGCGAACUGAACCGCCCCUCCGGGGCCAGCCCCUGCCCGGCAUCCCCUUCGCCCGCAGCCUUGACCCGCAUGCCCAGCCAUGGCAGCCUCACUGAGCCGUCCCUGCUUCAUCUCCCUCCACAUCCCCUACAGGCAGAGCUGGGCCCAGGACUUGGCCAAAAGCUUUCGCUUCCAUCCGGUGGCUGUGCGGGAGACGCCACGGGUCCGGCAGGUGGCCGUGCAACGGGGAGCUGCUGUCUUCCUCGUCAACGAACGCCUGGCACCGGAGCCUACCCACAGCUCCUCUCACGAUUUCCUCUAUGAUGUGGAUCCUCGUCCCACUGUGGGCACAGCCUCCAAUGUCUGCUUUGAAGUGGGUGAUGUACCAGGGCUCUGCAAGUGGCUGCAAAGCCAGGGAUGCUCCCUGCCAGUGCCCCCCACUGAAGUGAGGGAUGACAACGGUUCUGUCACCUAUGGGGUGGCAAGCUCUGUUGUGGGCAACAUCAGCCAUACCCUUUUGGACAGAUCUCACUACCGGGGACCUUUCCUGCCUGGCUUCCAGCCCAUCCAAGGAGCUUCCUCAGCCACAAAGGAUAGGAUCGAGAUCACCCACUUUGACCAUAUCACUUACGUAUGUCCACGGGGUGGUGCCCGGGGAGCUCUGGACUGGUACCAGCGCUGCUUUGGCUUUCACCGCUUCUUGCUGAACCCACAGGAGAGGCCAGAUGAAGGGUACAAGCUUGAAGGGCAGGGAGUGGGCAUGCUGCUCCUUGCACUGCAGAGUGCCCAGAGCACCCCAGCACAUGGCUGCAAGCUCGUCUUUGCUGAGUCUCUCUCAAAGGAUGGUACCAACCAAGUUGAUACCUUUCUAGAGCAGCAUGGUGGGGCCGGGAUCCAGCAUGUUGGCCUCUGCACCACUGAUAUCGUCACCACAACCAGGGCUUUGCAAGAGCAGGGUGUACGUUUUUUCACGCCCCCUACCACCUAUUAUAGCCAGGGGAGCAAAGCAGUGGAGAUCCAGGGUGCUGGGCAGGACCCACACACACUGGCAGAGCUUGGCAUUCUACUGGACACUAGUGUGUCCAGAGACAAGGGGCAACUAGGCAAAGAUGCUGCAGAGAGCCCUUCCCAGGAGUAUUUAAUGCAGAUCUUCACCCAUCCCAUCUUCUCCGAGGACACCUUCUUUCUAGAGCUCAUUGACCGGCGUGGAGCACCAGGCUUUGGGGAAGGCAAUAUACAGGCACUGUGGAAAGCUGUGCAGGUCUAUAUGGGCCAGCAGCAGUAGCGGCAGCAUUGCAGUUCUCCUCCCUCAGCUCCCUAUUCACUCUGGGGAAAGGUGCUGGUGCCUGUGGUAUGGCCCAGGCGGGCAGGGACCAAGGGAAUUCUCAAAGUCAAACUGCAACAUGGGAGGGAGUUGCUCAGGGGCAAGUCCAGUGGAGCUCUGAAGAUCCCGCAGGAUGGUGGGCGAUUUCUCCCCAACUUGGGUUCCAGAAUACAUUGACCUCUCAUCAAAAACUUGCUGCCUUAUUUUUUAAUUUCAUGAGACUUGUGCCUGCAGCAUGGGCAUGAACACUGCUGGCACAGCAAUACCCCCAGACAUGGGGAUGAGGGAUGUGGAUGAUCUGGGGGCCACAAAGGGGCUGUGUGUCAAUGGUUAGCACCCAGAGCACAAACAGUCCUCCAGCAACAGGCUCCUGCUUCUCUCAAUUAAAGAACUAACCUGCA